GACGCCGUGCGGAACGUCCCUGGUGAUCGUCGACUGUGUGUGUGUGUGUGAAACAAUCAGCUGGUGGGACUGAGCUAUUCUGGUGUGGUUUGUCUGUUACAACCGAAAAAAUAAAUUCCUGAUGUGCAUUGUUUAUACUAUUGUGCAGUGUUUUCCUGUUUUGAAACAGCAUCGAAAGAUCGUAUUGUUCUUGUCAACAGUCGGCCAAAAUAGGCUAACCAUUUUUAUGUGUCGAGUCACCUACGGUUUUUUUAGUUGAGAAAAAAAAAAAAGAUGGGCAGCCUAGAAAUGUGUCGUGUGAUUAUUCAGUUUCUUCUUGGCACCUUUUUAUGUGUCGAGUGAAAAGGAAAAAAAAUAACUUGUCGCGCACAGUCAUCACUGGUAGGACAAAAAAGAGUCUCUUGAAUAAUUCACACCACCAAGGACUGCCAAUUCCAUUCAAGGGAUUACAACUCAACCUCCAACAAUUUCCAUUCAACGAGAACAAAACCACGUUUUUCUUUUUUUUACAUAUUAAUUUUUUGUUGCUUUAUCGCCAUUUUGUUUUGAGAAAAAAAGAGGGACAAUGAAGUUUUAUUGGGUGUCUGCUGUUUUGAUUGUGUUGCCCGUCUGCUGGUCUUUAGUGCCGGAGAUAUCACUCAAAUCGAAAAACCUUCAUCCAACAUCGUCUGUCACGAGUACGGGCAAUGACGUCAUUUCGGAGACCAGAACCCUGGGCGUCGGCAAAUGGCCAACGUUGAACAUUACCCGACUGCGAAUUAGCAGUUACAACGUCACAUCUAGCACGACGACAACGAAAUUGGCCGAUAGGAAGUUUGACGUCGUCGACCCUGAUCCAAAUCCUUCAUCCGGCUUAUCAAUUAACAGUAACACGAUCCACCAUCUGGAGCCUAAUUCUUCUGUUGGCCCUAAAAGAAAGAAAACACGACAUCGUAACAAGUGGAAGUCUCCAAGUUCAAGGAUCGCGUCAGCCAAAACAACACCCGCUGGACCUUUUUGGACUCGCAAUGACAUUCUGGAACCACCGACCACCAAACCGCCCGUUUAUUCGUCACAGUUGAUCCCAACGACUUGCCAAUCUUUAACUUCAACAUGCCCGGCGUAUCGGUUGGUGGAACGUCGCAAAGAAUACGAUAUCCGUUGGUAUCCGUCACGCAGAUGGGCGUCUGCCAUUGUCAUGACAGAAGACGAUCGACUCUUGGCCGUCUGGGAAGGAUUGGCCAAGUUGCAGGAAUAUUUCGACGGCUAUAACGAGCCCCAAAUCGCCAUGAAUUUGACGUACCCGCUGUUGACACAAGUCAAACGAGGCAAACAUCCAGGCAUUUUACAUCAAGAAUUGCGCGAUAUUACGCUGUCCGUGCCCAUCCCGUCCAAAUAUCAAAUGAAUCCGCCAUCACCCAACAGUGCAGACAUCUUGUUAGACAUGGUCGAUUCCAGCACCGUCUUUGUGCAUAGUUUCCGCGCCCGUUUGUGGGACUUGACGGACCGCGCCCUCCGCCACCGGGCCGAUCGUCUGAUGACAACGUUGAGGAAUCACGGCGAGGCCUUUCACGACCGCUACUACUAUCUAGCUUCCUUUACCAAGCCUGAUAAUAUGGAGAAUAACGUCUACGAAAUGUGGAUUCACGCUACCCGAUUAAGAGAUCCAGGUCGAGUCCAGCCGGUUACAAAAUCCCAAGACCCGCCGCUGAGUAAAGUCACUCUUCGUACCCGGAAACGACUUUGUCGUGGUGUUGAAUGUCCGUCGUUCGAUGUCCUUCGCGUCUACAAAUUCGGCAUUCAAAAGAGGCGCUAUUUCGACACGGUGCUGAUCCAAGCAGGGACGAACGAGUGCGAAUUCAAUAGCCUGUCUGUCUGGCGAGGAUUUAUGCCACUUCAUCUGUACAAACAUGGUAUCAACUCGCACUGGGAGGUGCUGGAAGCGACCCGACCCAUUGGCAUUGUCCAUGUCGUCGACCGAGUAACGGCCAAUCAAUCGUUAACGAGCGGCAUCGAUCAGCGUCUUCAGCAGCUGCGCUACAACCGGACAUCUGUAGUAGACUCGUCUGUCUCAUUUGAUUGCAGGCACAAUUUAACCGUGUCGUUGUACCUGCCUCAACGCUUGCAUUCCAAUCCACCAUCGGCUGGCCUGGGAGCUCCACCUGUCAAGAUCAAUCGAGUCAACGACUUGAUCGUCUACGUCCAAACGGUCGGUGGCUCCAUUCUCGAUCCUGUUCGCUCAACCAUCGAGGUGAAAAAGUUUGGGUCGCGUCUCCAACAGCUCGGCCUCUGCUACAAACCGGCCGAAUACUAUUUGGUGAUUUACGAUUUCAUGGUCCGUUUCCACGGACGUCAAAACGAGAUAUGGUUCCUGGCCGACAGGUGCCCAGUCAGAAGCAAUGCUGACUUGAAAUAGCCAAAAAUCGUUCGUCAUCGUCAUCUAUCCGAAAAAAGAAAAUCACCUGUAUAACCCUCAUCGUAACUCUUUUUCUACCAAAAUCCAUAAAAUUCCCCCCUCCACUUUUUAUUGCAUGUUAAGACUUUUUUUUUUUUGACACCAAAUAUUUUCUUCUUUUUUUUUAAAUGUUUCUUUUUUUUUAGUAUUGCCAUACACACACUGGAUCGCUUAAAAAACCCCGUCAUUUUUUAAUCCUAAGGAAAAAGAGGUAAAAAUAGUUUUUUUUUUAUGAUCGUGAA